AGUGUUUAGGGACUCAGAACCUGAGAAGGAUCACGCUCGUUAAACAUAGCUGGGGCUGAAGUCCCUAUGGCCUUCCGGCUGGAGGCUAGCAUUCUGGAGGACAGUUGGGACUUGGUUUUCUCUGCAAUACAGUGGAUACAAUUUGUUAUGGCUACUCUGAGUGUUAUAGGUUCAAGUUCACUUAUUGCCUCUGCUGUAUUCCAGAAUAUACAGAAAUCUCCUGAGAUAAGGCCACUCUUUUAUAUGAGCUUUUCUGACCUCCUCCUGGGGAUAUGCCGGCUCAUUGAGGCACUUCUCUAUGGAACUUCAGCAGCCAGUAAGGACAUUGUUUGCUAUAACUUGCAAGCAGUUGGACAGAUAUUCUAUAUUUCCUCAUCUCUUUACACCGUCAAUUACAUCUGGUAUCUGUACAAAGAGCUGAGGAUGAGACACAACCAGAGUGGACAGAACACAUUUGCACUGGUUGUAGAUUAUGCUUGUCAUGUUGGUCAAAUAGCCAUCAUUUUGUCAAGCCUGAUACCUCUGCUGUUGAUGAUACCUGUAUUCUGUCUGGGCAAUGUCAGUGAAUGUUUCCGCAACUUCAGUCAGAGCCACAGGUGUAUUCUGAUGUAUUCACCACCGUCAGCCAUGGCUGAACUGCCUUCUGUCAACACAUCAGUCUGUACCACACUUUAUUUUUAUGGGAUCACCAUUUUCCUGACCAGCUUUCUCCUCAGCCUCCUUGCUAUUGUGGUCUUACUCAUCCAAACCCAGACCCUAUAUAAGAAGUUUGUGAAAUCGACUGGCUUUCUGGGGACCGAACAGUGGGCAGUGAUUCACAUUGUGGAACAGCGAGUGCGCUUCUAUCCAGUGGCCUUCUUUUGCUGCUGGGGCCCAGCCGUCAUUCUGAUAAUCAUGAAGUUGACUAAGCCACAGAACAUGAAGCUUCACAUGGCCCUCUGUGUUCUCCAGGCUCUAACAGCAUCAUCCCAGGGUCUGCUCAACUGUGGAGUAUAUGGCUGGACACAGUACAAGUUCUACCAGCUAAAGCAAGAGGCUCGGCGUGAUGCAGACACCCAAACACCAUUAUUAUGCUCACAGAAGAGAUUCUAUAGCAGGGGCCUAGAUACAGUGGAGUCUACCCUUGCUUUUGCUACCAGCCCUCCACCAUUCUUUGAAACUGUAAUACUGGAACAUCCAGGAACCGGAGUUAUUCCACACUAAUGGAUUGGGAAGAGUGUUGGGGAACAUCUCCAGUCUUUUCCAACCAUGCCUUGAACUAUGGAAGGGAAAGAGGAUGUAGUGCGUGCUUAGUGGCUUUUCUCAUUGAAUUGGGCAGGAUCUCUCCAGUAUUCUCAGAUUCACUUGUGAUUCUUAAAGUCUUAUUCAGAGAGGUGAAGCCACUGUCCUAUGAAAUAGACUCCUAUUACCUCAGUGAAUAUUAGAUUUGUUUAAAUCUCUUAUAGAUAAAUUCUAGGUUAUUAUUUAUACGUGUCCUUUCCAGGCUGUCUACUCUGUGAUUGUGGGGGAAGUAGGGUGACAUACAACAACUUGCUCAGAUUUUGCCAGUAUCGUUACUCUAAGACCAGACAAAGAAAAUCCUGGGUUUCUGUUCUUUGAAGGUUUCUGAGACUCAGAAGAAACAAAGACAAUAACUACCAAAAAAGUGACCGUGGGAUCCUCAGGCAUAUCCUACUCUGUUAUUUGCUCAGUGCUGUUUCAAGUCUCAACAGUAGGGACCAUCUGCUCUAGAAAAUUAAGGCCAAUCUUAUGAAGUUACAGAGGAUAAUAAGAUUUAAGAGAAAUCAGGAUUAAAAGAAACUUUAGAUAUCAAAAACUCUCAACUCCAUUUACAAGCAGAAGUCCAAAGGUAGGUUUCAUAGUGCCUGAACAUAGAAUUAGGUUGAACCAUGUGAACUUGCCAUUUUUAUAGGUGAAGAAGGCCUAAUAUCAAUUUUACAUGGUUCGACCUACUGCUAAGUGCUAAAUGUAUGUUUAUAGAAAAAAAAAAUGAACGAACAAGUGAAUGAAUGGCUAGUAAGGAGAAUUUGAACCUUUUGGGAAAGAAAAGAUUUCCAGCCUGCAGAGUCACAUUCAUAGUAGGAAUGUCUAAUCCGUUUCUUUAACUAUACAAGUGAUGUUUGGUCUCUCCAGUUAAGUCAUGAACAAGUCUGAGGCCAGGGCAUCAUAUACUAUGAUGCCCAAAGAAAGAGGAAAGCCAAGUGGACAAAGUGGCUGGAAUGAGAAUCAACUACAACACCUAGAGUUAAUAAUCAGAUGCUUCUCACCUGAUAUACUCCUUUGGUUUGUCCAAGGAAAAAUCCUUAAGAUUAGAGAAAAUUUACAAAGUAGAUUACAGUGGGGGAUUAGACAGGAUGCUCUGAAACGUAAGUUCCAGAGAUCGUUCCAAGGAACUCUCUACAGAAAUGUUAGGGAGCUCACAGUAACAGCUUAAACAUUAAAAAAACCAAAAUCACAUCUUGAGGCCUCUUAUUGCCCCAGAGCUCCGGAGACCUGAUUUCUGGAUAGCACAGAACAGGAAAGGUUGCUUCACAAGGGAGCUGCUUUAACCUCUUUUAAUUUAAAAAUGAAUAAGUAUUUGACAUUUGAAGAGACAGAUGGAAAAAAGAAAGAAUUCCUAUUUCCAUAGACCUUGAGGGACACCAGAACUACAGAGUCCAAUUGUUAAAAAGUCCUUUUAGUGUCACUUCAUAUUUGGCUUUAUUACCAGAAAGAGGGUAAUUAUCAAAUGUUUGUCAAGUUUGUUCAUCUUGCUUCUCUGAUGAAUUUUUAAAUUGACACUGGUCUUACAUCUUCUAUACAUGUAAGCAAAUAAAUAGAUAGUAGGAAUGAGGAAUUGUAAAAGGCUAGGCAAGAUCCAGAUCAGUAUUGUCAGCUUUUUAUCAUACUGAGAAUCAGAGGGGACACGUAGAACUGGGCCACUAUUCAAACUGUCCCCAUAACCUUUAGAUUCACAUGUAGGAAGGGUAUAGACAGAUAUAGUGGCAGUUCUUAAAAUUGUUGCAAAUACCCCUCCAUGACACUUGUCCAGGCUGUACUCAUAAUGGAGUAUAGUAGUUUUAUCUAAGCAGGUUUGAUUAAUAUAGAUUUUCUGUGGACCACUUUGGGUACCAUCCUUCAUCUCCCUGUCAUCAAUUCUGUCUGUGGCUUCAAAAAACUGUGCAUUCCAAUACCACAUGUCCCACACGGGGAACUGGGUGUUUGAUGUUUUUCAGUUCAGUCAACAGCUUUUCACAUUUUGCAUCUUUGGCCUUGCAGUUAAUGAAGAUCUUAACCAUCCCUUUAGAUUCACUGCCACAGUUUCUAAACCUGCCACUCUUGGUAUUCAGGUAAUGAUAUCAACUUUCUAGGCAAACUUUGUGCCCUUUCCAAAGAUUUUAAGACACUGAUUCUCUGUGCUUUAACACCAGUCCUGCUAACAGUAACCUUGUUCUUUUUAAGGUGUGCUGUCUUGCUGGUAGAUAUCUGUCUGGCACCACCUUGAGGUGCCAUUACUGUGUUCUGGGAGGUCACACUCAUCUACACUGAGGCAGCACUUUCUACCUUUAGAAAUAUGCAGGUUUUGGAGAAGGAUCCAAGUGUGCAGUCUGAAACUUUCUUCAGCUGGCGUGAGGGCAGACAACAAUGAUCCUUUUAACAAUCACUGCCACAAUCACAUUCUUUUCCUUUAUUUAUUGUCUUUUUUUUUUUUUUUUAACAAUAUGGCUUCCCAAAGGAGCUUUGGAGCUCAGGUUUAUUAAACAGACAGUUCCCUAAGUGCUUGUACAACAGCUGGUGGAAGUUGUCAAAGCUGCAGUUGCUGAAGCCCAUAUCUACAGUAAGAAAUUCAUGCAUAGGGCAGAGGUUCUGGUUAUGACACUUGCAGGCCACAUGGUCAUGCUUCAUUCCCAAGUUUUGGCCAAGCUCAUGAGCCAUAAAAGCUGUGAAAUGUGGUAUAUUUUCAUGAGAUAAGGAUUCAGUACUGGUUGCAUUCUCAGCACUGCAGAUAACAUUAAGAAAUGCAUGGUUCUCGUAGUUCCGAAGACUUUGGCUUAAUGAUCAUAUGAGUAACAUUAUGCUUCACCCUUCUCAAAAGAUGCCAGUCUGUCUAGCAGUUAAAAAUUUGAAGUGUUUCUUACAAAUUCAGGGAGAUUUUCUGGUUUCUCUGUGUCCAUAUCUUUAACCCAGUAAUUAAUACUGUCACGUUUACUUCCUUCAUGUACCAGUUAACCAUAGCAUGAACAUCCAUUACCAUCUGUGUUGUCUUGGUAACAUUAUUCCACAUUUGGAACUGCUUGUUGUCAACCACAGUAAACAUUUCUGCAUACUUGGGAAGUGACUACAUUUAGGACAUUGGAAACGAGGAGGGUUCCAUUUUGCUGUGAAAUUGUGAAGUGGUUAAGAGCUCCUCCUGUUCAUCUCCACUGACUACAUAAGACUAACCUGAUUUUAAAGAUAUGCUGAAAACCAUAUGCUCAAAAUUCUUUGAAGUGUAUAUAGGUUUGAUGCCAAAGACAAUGUCAUGUAAGGUCAGGAUUCCCUUUAUAGCCCAGCAAGUGCUGAUAAUAACAAGAGAAUGCAGGCUACCCUCUGAGUACCCAGUCGUCCUGAAUAAAAGGCAUGAUCCAAGCUUAGUUUUUCAUUUUGAUGUUUAUAAACAGAGAAGUUCUUGACAAAUAUCCCUAAACCUUAUCAAUGACCAUUUGAUUUCAUAGAGGAAAGGGCAGAAGGGAGGCAAAAUAACUAGGGUUGUCAUUGUCAUGGCCCAGUUGAAGCAACUAAUGAUCCUGCACUUCUGUCUCAGUUGCGUUCCCCAAGAUCCAGAUCUUUGUCCACGACACAGUUGUUUGGCCAAAGCUCAAAGCUUUGCUGCCUGUCAGAAGGAUAGCUGCCCCAAGCCUGAACAUUACAUGAUGACAUCUGCUAUUUGAUUGUGCCUCCUCCUACUCUUGUUUUGCUCUGUCUUCUCAGUAGUGUCCUUACUUUGUAACCCUCAUCAAAGCACAACAAUUGUGCUGCUUAGCUGAACUCCUGCUGUCUUUAUAGAGGAGUAUACCAAGGAGAGGAAACUUUCAGAGGUCCUGCCAAUACUGUUACUCAGCAUCAAGCCCCAAGGAAAGAAAAAGAUACAACCUUCUUCUUUAGUCCUAGUCGUAGUCCUCAUGGGACAGUCUUCCCCUCCUGUCAUUCAUUGUUCUUUUGAGUCAUUGAAACCAAAGGUUUCAGGAACAGGGGUUUGUGGAUCUCUGGGUAGGUCACAGGCCUCUGCUGUUGAAUGCAUUUUGCAUCAUUCCCUACUCUGUACUCUACAGCCCUUUUCAAACCCUCAGUCCUUUUCUUUCUUUCUUUCUUUCUUUCUUUCUUUCUUUCUUUCUUUCUUUCUUUCUUUCUUUCUUUCUUUCUUUCUUUUCUUUCUUUCUUUCUUUCUUUUUCUUUCUUUCUUUCUUUCUUUCUUUCUUUCUUUUUUUCUUUCUUUCUUUCUUUCUUUCUUUCUUUCUGUCUUUCUUUCUCAUGAUAUGUUUAUUGGUUUAUUCCUAGAAUACAUGAAAAGUGUUUUUAGAAUAACUAAUUCAUGCCUCUCUGAAAAGCAGGUAUAUGGGGGUGCCUGGGUGGCUCAGUCAGUUGAGCGUCCAACUUCAACUCAGGUCAUGAUCUCACGGUUUGUGGGUUCAAGCCCCAUGCCGGGUUCUGUGCUGACAGCUCAGAGCCUGGAGCCUGCUUUGUAUUCUGUGUCUCCUCUUCCCCUCCCAUGUUCAUGCUCUGUCUCUCUCUCUCUCUCUCUUAAUGAUAAAUAAAUGUUAAAAAAAAUUUUUUUAAAAGAAAAGAAAAACAGAUAUAUGAACUGGAGAAUGGUAUGAGGUCAAAAUAAUGUUUUCCAAAAUUAUUUCAGUUAGUACUUCUCUAUCUAAAUCUAUCCACUCUGAUGAUAUUAUUCCUUUUGGAUACAGUUAAGUUCAUAUGUUACUAUUUGUAUUUAAUUUUGGGUUUGCCCUCACAUUUUGGAUGAUGAUGAAUAUUUGGGGGAUGUGUGAAAUAUUACCAUGAUUCUAAAACUCAGUACUAUCCCAAAAAUGUACCCAAAAGUACACCUCCUUGAGCCUUUAAUCUGUUCCUGUGUCCUACUUCUUUCCAUCCAGUUACCAACCACCAAUCUUAAUAGUACUCAAGUUUAUUUUUCCUGUAUUUCUUCCUGCACAAAUUAACAGAUACAUGUAUAUUUUCUUAUAGCCUCUUCUUUAUUAUGUAAAGGUAGCAUAACAUUUUCCACUUUCCUUUUUAGAGUUACAUCCUAUAAAUUAUUUCCAUAGCAGGUCAAUGAAAUCUUCCUCAUUCUCUCUCUCUCUUUUACUGGUGCAUAGUAUCCAUAUUGUGGAUGUAAUUUAUUUAAUCAGUCUCCUAUGUGUGGGCUUUUCAGUUGUUUACAUUAUUUUGAAAUUACACCCAUACAUCAACAAAUAAUCUUACACAUAUGUAUUUUUGUGGAGGCAAGUUCCUCCAAAAUGGGAAGGCAGUGCCCAAAGCUAACUGCAUAUGUAGCUUUGUUUGAUAUUGCCAAAGUCCCCUUCAGAAGGGUUUUGCCAGUUGCAUUCCCACUAGCAAUGUAUUAGAGUGCCUAUUUUCCCACACUGUAAGUAACAGAGUUAUGUUACCAUUUCAUAAAUUUUAAUUUUCACCAAAUAGGUAAGAAGUGGCAUCUUACUUUUAAGUUGUAUUUUUCUAAUUUUGAAUGAAUUUGAACAUGUUUGAAUAUGUUUAAGGCCGUUUUUAUAUCUUUUAAUAGUUAUCUCUUCAUGUCCUUUCCCCUUUUUCUGUCAAGCUUUUGGUCUUUUUUCUCCCUAACCUUUUUCCCCAGCUUUAUUAAGGUAUAAUUCAUGAAUAAAAUCACAUAUAUAUUAAACUGUACAACAUGCUGA